GCCGUAUUACCUUGCGAGCUCUAGAGGAUCUCCAGGAGUAUAUUUAAGGGAAAAAUGACCCUCUCUGGCCAGUAGAAUUUUCCUUAGGGCCGAACACAAUGCAUGUUUCGAUAAAAUGGCUCCUUAUACUAACUCUAACGGGCGUACAUGCUCAAGAACCAAGAAAAAAAAACGGCCGCUACUCGUCUGAGGAGCCGUUCGUCGUGGAACAAAGCGCCGACUACGUGUCGUGUUCAAUCGGCAACUGUGUGAAAAGGUCGUCAGGACAGGAAGAAUUUGGCCCGUUUUGGGCCAAUCGAGGUAAAAAAGACCCAACUUACAUCAGAAGCAAAUUGUUUGCUGAAGAACCGCAAUGGAUUUUGGUGCGUCAAGAUGAGAAAGAUAUCAACGACAACGAACCCUUUUAUGUGACACGAGGCAAAAAAAAUCCGGAUGAAGAACGGAAAUUAUUUUGGAAAAAUUUCACCAAGAAACGGAGCUACGAUCUACUGUAAACACGAGCGAAAUGAGAAAAGUGUUGAUUUUCCAUAGAUAAACAAUUAGUGUUUAGUUUUAUCAAUCUUAAUGGUAAUGCAUAUUAAUAAAUGAAACCACCCACAGAGACAUUUAGUUCAAAAGAAUGUUAAUUGAUGACACAUUUACUAAACUUGGGCUAAUUAAAAAAGUAUGUAGUA